AUGGUUGUUGCGUAUCAACCAGCAAACUCAACAGCACCAUGCAUCGAACUCGCUUUGAUGCCACAAUUGGCCGAGGCGAUCAGCAGGGAAGAUGACUGGACUGGGACAAAGGAUGGCGCAGCGCGCCGACGGGCACAGACUAGACUCAACACAAGGGCAUAUCGGAAACGUAAAGCUCUCGCAAAGAUGACCGAAGCAUCCAGUCCCACAACCGGGUCACUGAUCAAAUCCGAAGCACGGGUGAACUGCUGGGAUAUCAAGGAGGAAUCGAUCUCCAUAGUUCCAGCAUCCCGUGUCAAGCAUCUAUACAAUGCGAGAAAACCCUUGCUGCCAGAUAAACCUAGAAAGGGGCAGUUCAAACUUGUCUUUCCUCUAUCUCCAGACCACCUUAUCACACUCCUCCAAUACAACACCCUCCGCGCCCUGGCCGUCAACCGCACUCUAAUCUCGGGCAUCCUCUUCACGCCGCUCGACUGCGGUCAAGAAGUGAUUCACGUCAUCCCCUACCCUGCCAAGCCAGAACUACUCCCGUCAACACUCUUGCCCACUACCUUACAACAGACUGUCCCGCACGGCGACUGGAUCGAUAUGUUCCCGUGUCCUGAGGGACGAGACCGCUUAAUCCGGGCCGCCGGCACCUUCGACGAGGAUGAGCUGUGGGCCGACUGCAUCGGCGGCCUGUAUGAGGGCUUUCCUGAUGGGGAGAUCCAGCGUCGUGGAUUCAUUGCGUGGUCGCCGCCUUGGGAUAUUUCGGGAUGGGAGAUGUCGGAAGGAUUUUUGAGGAAAUGGGGCUGGUUGGUUAAAGGGUCGCCGGGGGCGUUGGAGGCGACAAAUCGUUGGAGGGCGAAUAGAGGCGAGGAGCCACUUGUUGAUGACGAUUGCACAUCAAAUGCGAUUGUGUGA